AUGACUCAGUCCCUCCAAAACCUCGAUCUGCUCCGUCCUCCCUGGAAGGCGCUCGUAACGCCGGGGCGCUCUCCGCGGCGAGGGCAGCACCAGCACUUCCAGGAACCCGGGGUCGGCUGCUGCGGGAAAUACUUCCUGUUUGGCUUCAACAUUGUCUUCUGGGUGCUGGGAGCCCUGUUCCUGGCCAUCGGCCUCUGGGCCUGGGGUGAGAAGGGCGUUCUCUCCAACAUCUCGGCGCUGACAGAUCUGGGAGGCCUUGACCCCGUGUGGCUGUUUGUAGUGGUUGGAGGCAUCAUGUCGGUGCUGGGUUUCGCUGGCUGCAUCGGGGCCCUCCGGGAGAACACCUUCCUGCUCAAGUUUUUCUCAGUGUUCCUUGGCCUCAUCUUCUUCCUGGAGCUCGCGACAGGGAUCCUGGUCUUCGUCUUCAAGGACUGGAUACGAGACCAGCUCAACCUCUUCAUCAACAACAACGUCAAGGCCUAUCGGGACGACAUUGACCUCCAGAACCUCAUUGACUUUGCUCAGGAAUAUUGGUCUUGCUGCGGAGCCCGAGGGCCCAACGACUGGAACCUCAAUAUCUAUUUCAACUGCACUGACUUGAACCCGAGCCGGGAGCGCUGCGGGGUGCCCUUCUCCUGCUGCGUUAGGGACCCUGCGGAAGAUGUUCUCAACACCCAGUGUGGCUACGAUAUCCGGCUCAAACUGGAGCUGGAGCAGCAGGGCUCCAUCCACACGAAAGGCUGUGUGGGCCAGUUUGAGAAGUGGCUGCAGGACAACCUGAUCAUCGUGGCCGGCGUCUUCGUGGGCAUCGCCCUCCUGCAGAUCUUUGGCAUCUGCCUGGCCCAGAACCUCGUGAGUGACAUCAAGGCAGUGAAGGCCAACUGGUGAGGCUGCCACGUUGGCCACGCCACCCGCCUGGCCUACCCAGGGACCUGCCACUGCGCCGUGAUGGGCACAGCUGCAGGGGGCAUUUCUGCUUGGACCUGAGCCCCACGUGGGGCUCGUGUGUGGGCGUGCUGUGUGCCCACAGAGAAGCCGCAUGACUCUGCCCGUUCUGGACUUGUGUGCAUGGAGGGUGUGUGUGUCAGUGUGGGUGUGCACAGGGAGCCGCUGCCUCUGUGUUGUUGCGUGGCAGGCUCCCCGGGGGACGAGGAAGGGCGCAGGCUGGGACACUCCUCUCUGCAUGGUGGUGCGGGGCGGGCGCUGGGGCCUGCUGUUGCCUGGGAUACGGCCCCACGCAGCUCCAGAGCUCUCUUCUCUAUUGGCUGUGACCUUGACCCUUCCGGGAUCCCACUUGAGCCUCAAGGUCUCAGACUCUAAAGUGAGUCCAAGAAUUUUCUCUCCCUUGCUUGCCUCUCAGGAUCAAACAUGAUGAUGGCUGCAAACUACUUAAAUAAACAAAACCUUGAAAACCA